AAUAUAUAUAACGGUCUUUUAGAAAUUGUCAUUUUUGUGAAUUUUCAAAGGUGUCAGAAAAAAUGCUAAUUUCUUCAAGGUCAAGGGCAUGGUCACUAGGGGGCCAUGACUCGUCAUGAGGAUGUACAAUUAGUUUUUGAACCGUUCUUCAAAGUUUCAAAGCAAUAUAUGUAAUAGUUUUUGCGAUAUUGUCAUUUUUGUGAAUUUUCAAUCCGACAUAACGGGGGUAUGUUGCUGUUCGACGUUGUGCAUUCAACCGCCUACUGAUUAUCCUACACUUACAUAGUAUAUAAGAUAUGAAUAGUUGUUGUUAAAAUGUAUAAUAAUCAUGAUGCGAAUCAAACACUUUUAUUUCGGAUGAUUGAAAAUAAUAAAAGCGAAAUUUUGCUUUAUCUGUCGACGAUCAGUUUGCUUUAAAUAUUACUCAUUAUUCAACUAUUGUACUGAUGUUAACUUUAAUAUGACACAAAAUACAUCGGUACAAAAUACUCGCUUCAAGUGAGUAGUGUUCGGUAAUGGUAAAAUGGAUAGCCAUAUUUAUAUGUGUCUUAUUACAGUUGUUUGUGUCCAGCUUUCAAGCUCGGAUGAAGCAUACUUUGUAAACAGAAAAAUAACUGGAUACCUGGACAAGGCGGUUAACAAAUUAGAGGAAGAAAAUAUCGACAUACGUACAAAUCAAGGAAGUAAACAUUUGCAGCAGGAGAAAACGGCGAGGGAGGCUGUUGAGGAUGAAAUUAAACAGCUCGUGAACAGUUUUCAAGAUGCGGCAGACUGGGAUUUAGAGGAACGCAAUGGCUAUUUGAACAGGAAAAAUAAAAGAGGGUGGUGGUGGUGUCCUUGGUGCCAGGGUAGCAAGUAUAUCCUCUACAUAGCUAAAUUAUUCAACUGCAAGUGUAGCGUCGGCAGUACAACAACGUGCAAAUGCCCCAAUGGAAAAGUCCUUACUGACGAUCGAAAAUGAAAAAUCGCCAUGAAGGGACAAAGAAAAGAAACUGAAAUGAUCAGUGUAAUAUAUAUCUCAAUUUAUCAGAUGAAUUAUAUUACAGCACUAAUAUAUAUCACUAACAGAAGUGGUAACAAGAAACAAGACUAGUAUAUAUAAGUUACUUAUAUCGGUGUUUUCUUUUACUUUAUUGAGUUUUUGAAGAACAGGGUGAAUGGACAUUUACUGAAGAAUCUUAUUUAUAUUUUAGAUAAAGUAAAACUCUGUUUAAUUUUGGAUCAUCCCUUGCGUGUACAUUUUACGCCGGACUUCUACCAAAAGUCACUUUAAUUGAAGAAAAACUCAUGCUACAAUAUGGUGGCAAACAAUCAAGCUAAGUUAUAUCCCUUUUAUGUGGUACAGUAAUGUUUCUUGUAUUUUUUCCCACUUUCACCCUUUGCCAUAUAUAAGUGUUAAAAGUUAUAUCAAAUUAACUUUUGAUGAGUCAAAAUUAAAUCAUUGUCUUAAAUGCUGAAAUCAAUAUGUGAAAUAUGUGAAAUUUCGUACGAAAAUAGGGAUACUUUUUAUAAUUACACAUGUAGUAUUCA